AUGUUCUCCACGGACUACUUCCACACAGCCUCGGCUCCACAAUUGCAAGAUUAUCACGACUAUGCACAGGCACACAUCCGGGAUAGGCGUAUCUCAUUAUCGCCUCUGGCCAAAAAAUGGCUUCGCAACUACAGAGAGCCCUACAAAGGCUUCACUGCUGAUGGAAACAUCGUUCCUGGUCUCUGGAAAUCCAAUCCCAAUGCCAAUGGACCAACGCAGACAAUGGUGAAUGCAGCUCAGCAUUUGCUCUCAGUAGCAUCAGCAGCCGAGAAGGCACGAUUCCGUCAUCUCGUCACCGCCAGAGAGUGGCGUGCGUGGUCAAAUCCAGAGGUCAUGGUUAUGGAAUGUGGUCUCCGUGUCGAUUCCAUGAGUUCAGACACUAUGAAUGCCGUUUACGAUCUACUAAGAGUGUCAUUAAGUCCCGAGGGCUUUGAGAGAGUUUGGACUGCGAUGAUGAUGACCCAACCCGAAAACCAGGAAGACUUGCACCGCAUCUCUGAGUACCAAUUCUGCUUGUUCGGCGAGCCUGGGCCAUCCUCACCCUGGGGGUUCAAUCUGUUCGGCGACAAUGUGUGCGUCAACGUCUUCACACUUGGCGGCGAGGUUGUAAUCGGACCAUUCUUCGUUAGUGCUGGUCCCAGUUUCACGGAGCAGGGCUUGGUAGAUGGAGUGCAAGUGUUUGAGAGAGAAGAAGCAGCUGGACUCGCUUUGAUGGCAUCUCUCAACCCACAACAACAGCGCGAAGCAAGUCUUACUGGCGAGAUCGAAGAAUUUCACGCGGACCAAGAUCUGUUUGACCCAAUGGACUACCGCAGUCUCGGUGGCGCACACCAGGACAACCGAAUUGUGCCUUACGAAGGUAUCUGCGCCGCCGACCUCAACUUGGACCAACAACAAGCACUUCUCCACAUCGUGAGGUCUUUCAACCAAGUACUGCCGCAGGAAUCAUUGGAUCUGUUCAUGCAACGUGUCGAAAGCCAUCUUGGUGAAACAUACUUCUCGUGGCUUGGACCUGUUCACACGGAUGCACCUUUCUACUUCCGCAUCCACAGCCCAGUGGUGAUGGUCGAACUUGAUCACCAGGAUGGAAUCAUGGUGCCAGGAACAUCAAGCAAACAAUACCGCAUUCAUGCGACGCAGCGCCUGCCCAACAGAGGCGACUAUGGAGCUGCAUUGCUGGAUGAAUGGGUGAUGAAGAUGGCUGGAUUCGACAGAAUCGGCAGCAUAAUCCGAUGA